AUGUUGUGUUUUUCUCCAGAGUGUAAAGGAGAAGACAAAGUGAUGCAGCCAUCAGGAGAUGUCAUUGCUGCUGUAGGAGACACAGUUACACUGGAUUGUACUUUUGAGACCAGCUAUCCUAGUCCUACAUUGUUCUGGUACAAACAAGAAGUGAAUGGUAACCCAAGGUACAUGCUGAAAACUUACUCAAAGACUGUGGAUAAUGCUCCAGAGUUCCAGGUGGACAGAUUUCAUACUGAAAUCCAGGAAAAGUCAGUUCCUCUGAAGAUCCAGAAGCUUCAUCUGUCAGACUCUGCUGUGUACUACUGUGCUGUGAAGCCCACAGUGACAGGAAACAGUAAAACUCUGUACAAAAACCUUUGGAGCAAAGACAACAGAAAACUCCACGUCAUUGCUGCUGAAGGAGACACAGUUACACUGGAUUGUGCUUUCCAGAGCAGUACCACAAAUAAUGUUUUGUUCUGGUACAAACAAGAUGUAAAUGGCUUUCCAGUGUACAUUUUAAAACGUGGUGCUUAUGGUGAUGUUAAUGCUCCAGAGUUCCAGAAAGACAGAUUUGAUGCUCAAGUCGACAACAACAAAGUUCCUCUGAAGAUCCAGAAGCUUCAUCUGUCAGACUCUGCUGUGUACUACUGUGCUCUGCAGCCCACAGUGACAGGAAACAGUAAAACUCUGUACAAAAACCUUUGGAGCAAAGACAACAGAAAACUCCACAACAUCCACUAGAGGGAGACACACUCUGUUACACUUUGUGGUUUGACAGGAUAUCAUCUGGGUUUUCUGUCCAGCUCAGAAUAAACCACAGGAAGUAAACUGUACCAAUAAAAUCAAUCAUGUCUUCCUCA